AUGGAUCGACGCAUAUUAUGGGUUCUGAUGAUAUUAUCAGUAUAUACGUUCCAAACAUUGGCUCAAACAUCAUGUCAAAAUAAAGCAAGUUAUAAAAUCGCUGCUGUGGUCCAAUAUCAAACCAAAUAUAUAAACUAUACUAUUGAAGGUAUUUUAAAGUAUUUUAGCUCGUCAAAAUGUUUUCAGGUUCAGUCAUUCCUUACAAACAAUGAUAGAUUUCUAGAAUUUGAAACUGUUCACAAUUUAGUAAAAAAGAAAUUCGAUGGUAUAGCUCUUUUUCCAGUUGAUGCUCAAUCAAUCCAUUAUUGUGGUCUAUUAGCCAAAUAUAGUAACGUGCCGUUAGUCGAUCUUUUCGGUGAUAAAGGUCUUAAUGCUAGGGCGUACCUAACAUCCCUUGCUAUUGUUGACUCAGAAAAAAUUGGGAAAAUGAUAGCUAAUUAUUUAUUAAAGAAUAGUAAACCAGGUAAAACAAUCGUUAUCCAAGCCUUUUUCACUGAGGGCUUUUCCACUGGUGUCAGCAAUGGACUUAGUAAAACACUAAACAAUACUAAAUUCACUAUAGUGUUCAAUGGACAAGGUUUUUACAGUAAUCAAGUGUCCAAAACUAUUAUCAAACAAGCUUUGACGGAAUAUCCAGAUGCAACUUCGAUUAUCACAUUUUCAGGUGAAAUGGGAAAUGGUGUCGCUGAUUAUUUGAAAGAACAACAUAUAAAAACUAAGACACAUAUAUCAGUCGAUAUGAAUGAUGUCCUUGAAAAAUAUAUUCGUGAAAAUGUCUAUGUACAAGCAUCCGCAUAUUAUUCAGGGGCUUUAGCAGGUUAUUCUAUGGCAUAUUCAUUAAAGAGAAAAAUCCUUGGUAAUAAAUUUCUUUAUGCGAAGAAUAUUCCAGUGAUAGUAGUUACAAAACAAAAUAUAGAUGGAGUGCUCAUGCAAAAUCCAUAUCGCUAUCCUCAAUUUGCCAAUAAAAUAGUAUUUUAA